AUGACCCGCAGAAGUUCAUAUUUUGCGAUUGAGAUUGAUGCUCCACAACUCAAGUAUAUGAAACUUAAAGAUUAUCGAUCUGAUAAGAUUGUGCUGAAGAACCUCGGUUCCUUGGCCAUGAUCGACAUUGCCACUGAGUAUAGUUCUCCUUUGGGUCCAAUGAAAAGAGUUAUUAUCACUGAUUUUCUCAUCAGUGUCUCUAGUGUAAAACAUAUGAUCAUCUCUCAGCUUACUCUAGAGAUCAUCUUUCGAUAUUCCAAACGGAUUCCAAAAUUUGAUAACUUAUAUCAUUUGCAAGCUGUGUUCUCUAGCUCCAUGAUACAUUUGUUGCCAAUCUUUCUUGAGAGCUGCCCGAAUCUGAAAGACCUCAUCUUGGACUAUUAUUUCGACGGAGCGAGAGAAACCGAACUCACCUCUGUAUCUCAGUGCUUGUUAUCGACUCUGGAGUGUGUUGAGAUCAAAGAACUGCUUAUAAAGGAAGAAACCUGGAAGAAGUUAGCAAGAUAUUUUCUUGAGAAUUCAGUACUUCUCAAGAAACUCAUUCUCCGUUUCAACGAUUUUUCUAUAGCAAACCAAGAUUCGGAUAUCUUUCAGGAGCUUUGUACAUUCACAAAGCCUUCUCAGGAAUGUCAGAUCAUCAUUCACCGACAAUGUCAUUGA